AUGGCGAAAGGAACAAUUCUGCUAACCGGUGGUACCGGUUUCAUUGGCCCCGCGAUUCUUAUAGCAGCCUUGCGGGAUGGCUACUCGCUUCACAUAGUAGCGCGGAGUAUGGCCAAAGUUGACCAGCUACAGACGGCCCCUGCUAUACUGGCCCUCGGCAAAGCUUUAUUGAGUCGAUGCAAAUACUUCGUCGUGCCAGACUUCACCGUUUCCGGCUCCCUCGAUGAAGCCGCUAACGGCGCUGACUUCGUCAUUCAUUGCGCUGCAUCAUUGCCGUUCACGUAUAUUCCACCCGAGAAAUACGAAGAAGAAAUAAUUACGCCAAGUAUAGUCAACGUCGUCUCAGCACUUGAGAGUGCGCGGCGUGCAGGCACGGUGAAACGCUUUGUCUCUCUCAGUUCUUUAGGGGCUUUUGUAGCUCCAGAACUCCUCAGCGGACCGUAUAUCCCACCUACAGAACUGGUAAUCAACGAGGCUUCCUUGAACGAGGAGUUUCAACCACCGUACAGCACAAUAUUGACAGCAUAUUGCGCGGGAAAGACAGCGGCACUACGGCGAAGUCUGGAGUGGAUGCGGGAGGCAAAGAAAGGCGUUCAUGGUCUGGGAUUUGACCUGGUGAACUUGGCCCCCACUUUCAUUUUCGGACGACAUGUACUAGCAAGAAAGCCAGAAGAUCUCCUCGCCACAAGCAACGCAAUGUUGUUGCGCUCCGUGACAGGGAAUACCACAUCAGAUGUGCUGGAGUUUGGGGGAGGUUAUCAUCUCGACGAUAUUGUGGAGGCUCACUUAAAGGCUCUGGACAAGGACCUGGUCUCUACGCCAACCGAGGGUCCUAACAGAAGCAUUGAGACAUUCACGUUUGGCAUAACCGUUAAAUGGCAGGACCUCAAUGAAAUGGUAUCGACCAUGUGGCCAAGCGAAGUCAAGAAGGGUGUGCUUCUAAACAACGGGCACUUCAUCACCAAACCGAACCUGCAUAUGGAUAUGUCUAAGGUUGAGACCCGGCUCGGUAUCAAGUCAAAGAGUCUAGAAGUGAUGUUAAGGGAGGUAGUCAACCAGUACCUGGAGCUGUUAGACAUCAAGUGA